GUGAGCGUCUGAAGGGCAACUAUAACAAAUCAGGGGGCGGCGGCAACUUUAGGACCUGGAGGAGCUGAGUCGAUCCUACUUCCACACCUCACCCUUCAGGGUUUUCGUGGUGCGGGCUCAUUGUUCCGAGACUUGAAGUAAGACUCGCUCCUUCUCGGUUGUAUCUGAUAAGCGGCUGUUUUGAAACUGAGAAUCCGCUUCGCGGCCGCUUCGGAUUGCUUGGCGAGGAUGAUUCGCCGGCUGUCCCUCGCAUGGACCCCGAUCUUGUGGCUUUGUGCGUUUGGUCCGCUGGAAACUGACUGCAGAGCCGCAUCGGCGGGACGGAGUUGCGGUGAGAGUCGGCAGGUCUACGCAGACAAGGGGUACAGUCUGAACACGGCGCCGCUGACACAGAUCUCGGGGGAGCACCUGCGCCUCUGUCCCCAGGACUACACAUGCUGUUCCAGCGUGAUGGAGGAGGUUCUUGCUCGUCAGAGUGAGAGUGACUUCCUGAAGGCUAUUGAUGACACCAGCCAGUUCCUGCUCACCACCUUCAUGCAGAGACACCGCAAGUUUGAUGAGUUCUUCCGGGAGCUCAUUGACCUGGCAGAGAAGUCCAUGAAUCAGAUGUUCACCAAGACCUACGGAAAACUGUUCACCCAGAAUGCCCGUGUCUUCCACGACCUUUUUGCUGAGCUCCGUCGAUACUACACUGGGGGCAGUGUGAGCCUUGGGGAAGUUCUGGCAGAGUUCUGGUCCCGACUGGUGGAGAAGGUCUUCUCUCUGGUGAACCCCCAGUAUCAGUUCAGUGAUGAGUACCUGGAGUGUGUCAGCAAGCAUGCGGAGCAACUGCAGCCAUUUGGGGACCUUCCUCGCAAACUGCGAAUACAGGUGUCAAGGGCAUUCAUAGCUGCCAGGGCACUAGUUCAGGGACUGGCUACAGGACGUGACAUUAUUAACAAGGCAUCAAAGCUGAACGUGGGUGGAGAGUGUCUUCGGGCGCUUAUGCGACAGUGGUACUGCCCUCUGUGCCGUGGCAUGCCCACCCUGCGCCCGUGCCACUCAUUCUGCCUCAAUGUGAUGAAAGGCUGUUUGGCCAACCAGGCUGACCUGGACAGUGAAUGGAACAACUUCAUUGAUGCUCUGCUCCAGGUAUCAGAGAAGCUAGAGGGGCCAUUCAACAUGGAAUUGGCAGCUGAUUCCAUUGCAGUCAAGGUUUCCGAGGCCAUCAUGCACAUGCAGGAGAACAGUGUCACCACCUCCACCAAGGUGUUCCAGGGGUGUGGCAGCCCCCGCCCUGCCCCCAGCCGGUCACGGCGCUCCCUGAGGGAGCAAGGGGGCAACCGGAGGCCAUUUCGCACAUAUAGUCCUGAAGAGAAACCCACUACGGCUGCCGGCACCAACCUGGACCGUCUGGUUCUGGACCUGAAGGAACGCCUGCGUCCUAUGAAGGGCUUCUGGGUCUCACUUCCUCACACCCUCUGCAACGAUGACAACCUGGCUGCUGAUGUAACAAAUGAGGACAAAUGCUGGAAUGGCCAGGCAAGAGGACGGUACCUGCCAGAUGUGACCAGGGAUGGGCUGGUCAGUCAGAUUAACAACCCGGAGGUCGAAGUUGAUAUCGCGCGACCGGAUGUGAGGACGCGGCAGCUGAUUAUGGAACUCCGUGUUGCUAUCAACAGGCUAAGACAGGCCCAGGCUGGACAGGACAGUGACUUUAUGGACAGUGAAGAGGGGAGUGGGUCAGGGGGUGGAGAUGGUGGUGACAGGUAUAGUGAUGAACCAGGCUCUGGGCCUGACUCUCCACCUAACGGUAAACCUGCCCGCAACCCACCCAGUCCAAAUAAACCUCCCCGUGUCAGGGACAGGACUGGAACUAAGCGGACCAGGCCCAAUCAGGGCCAUGGGAAUCGCAUUACAUCGGGCGUCAACCAGCUGUCUGCAUCUCACUCCAUCAUUGUCUUUCUCCUCCUGGCCAUAUGUGCUGCCCCCAUGUGGUGAGAUCUGUUACUGCACUGUAACACUUAAAUUUGACUUUGUGUAUGUAAGCUGAUUUAAAGAAAAAAGAAAAAAACAGUCACUGUUUUUCCAUGUAAACCUAAAUCUGAGUGACAUUCUCGGGGUGAAUUGUGCCGAAUGUGCCAUAUUUCGUGGGGACGGUUGCUGAAAUUUACAUCCUUUUACCAAUUUUUACUAUGACCAAAAGCUGUUGGCAAGAAGAAUGAAAGACUAACAAUAACAAAAAUGUUUUAACAGCAAAACAAAAGAAAGACUUUUUUUUUUAACUUAUUGAGUGGUCUUCCGUCAGUCUAUACUAGUGUCAAUACAUUUAACUUCCAAGGGCCCUUGUGCGUUUCUCCUCGCUGUAAGAACACAGUUAGCAUCACAUUAAACACGGCUUCUCCUUUCUGUGAGAGCACUGGGUUGCAUUUCAAAAAGUGCAUGCUUACCGUCCUGUCAGAGCUCUGGAAAUCUUAUCGCUAAACGUAUUAUCCCUUUCCUGUGAGAGAUCUAUUAACAUGACGAUAAACACAGCUAAAUACUAGUAGCAUCUUAAAAAGCACACGCUACCCAUCCACAAGGGGGCUGUUAGCAUUGCAGUAAGCACAACCUCUCCUUCCUGCGAGAAAAUGUUAGCGUUAUACAAAGCACACCCUCUUCUCCUCUGAAAUCUGUUUCUCCUGUAAUCUUACACAGUGCCUCCAUCUGCCAUGACAUUAUAACGACGCUGCCAUAAAGCAAUUUACAGCAGAAUAUGAAAAGAAACUGUUUUUACGUGCAACCGUUUAGUAAAGCAAUUAUGUCAUUUUCAUUGUAACUGUAAUUAUGUACAGAGUACAUAGUGUGUGGCAGGUGGGGUAGGUUCAAGGUUUAAAUUUAAAAAAAUGUAAUUUAUUUAGUGAAUUCCUGAUGGGGAAAACUUAGAACAUCACCUGAAUUCCUUCACUAAAAGUGCUUCUGUGCAUAGCUGUGUAAAAGUAUGACAAAGUGAGCUGUAAAUCCGGGGCAUGAAUGUCUGCCGAGCAGUUUCUUAGUUAAUUUUACACUGCAUGUACACUACAUGUAAUUGGCAAGUUUUGAUGCAAUAUUUUAUGUAAUAUUCCCUUUUGAAGCCCAAUCCAGCAAUUUUCAUAAAUAAGGUCUUAUUCAGGCAGUUUAAUGACUGUUGUCAUCUAGAAUGUUCUGGAAACUUCGGAGGGGAAAGUGCCUUUAAAGCAUGUCCGUCUCACUUAUUUAUGCAGGUCAGAUUAUCAAUGUGAAUGUUUCAAAUCAUAACUGUCACAUAUUUUGUCUUCAACUAAUCUGUGUAAUUCAAGUAAUGUGUUAGCAGUUGUAUUCAGGGUUUUAGGUAUUUCAUAUGAAUCAUUUACUGAAUUCCAUUAUCGCGCAGUAAACUGCUCUGGGAUUGGUUACCUCUAUGUGAUACACAUGCUGGGGAUUUUUUUUUUAAAAGGAGAAGCCUUAUUGGUCGAGAACAAAUGGGGCAGGUGCAAUACACCUGUGAAGGACAUGCUUGGUAUACCCUCUGGGUAAUUGAAUUUUCCCCUGGUUUUUAAAGAAGAAAAAUAUUGAAAAAUCACCAAAUAGAAUUCCCCUAGAUCACAAAGUAAAAGGGCCUCUGGACUGGGAUCCUUCAGACUGAAUGAAUAUCAUGGCACACGCCUCAUCUACCUAUUUUAGUGUUGAAUGUAAAAAAAAAAAUAGAAAAAAGUUUGAGGUUCGAUACUGUUGAACCAGAGGGACACGGUGUGACGAAUGUCAAGCAGCUCAUGACAAGGUGAUGUGGACAGAAAUAGAAUGGAAAGAGACUUCAUUUCAUUUAAUGAAACUGCUCCGUUUUAUAGUAGCAAGUGACGUGCAUUGUUUGUGAUACUUGUGGUGCAUGUGGGACCUGGUUGUAUACCUAAGAUGGGGGGGGGGAUCUGUGCCCAAAACUAAAUCUUCUGGGUAUGUUUCACUUCAUAUGAAAAAAAGUAAUAUAUAUAAAUAUAUAUCAGUAGGGCUCAAAUGCGAAGAUAGAAUGUGUUCAGUAUGUAUUAUGUUUAAUUUCUAUGACAUCAUUAUUUAUUAUGACAAUUGAUCGUGCCUCCUAGAAAUUUCUUUAUAGAAAAGUAAAAAUUAAUCUUUUUUUAGGGUUAAAAGGAGUUUUAUUACAUUGGGUUGGUUGGUACAAUCAGAUGUACACAGAAUCCCAGAUUGUUUUUAAUAAUCAUUUAUUUAUUGAAAUUCAUUUCUAGUAGUAGUUCCAACAACACGUCACAGAUAGGAUAUAGGGCUGAACCCACAUAAUUGGGCUGGGGGGGAUUUUAUCAACUUGGCCUUUUCCAGAACAUUGUUCGCUUGAGUCUUGGAUGGGUUCAUGUAGUCUCUCUCAGUCAUUCUACUGAAAUGUGAAGGGCACAAGCUGUGGAAGCCUUAAAAGCCCCCUGACACACUGGAUGGAACCUGAUGAACUUCAUUACACUGUGGAAUUCCAAGCCAAAAGGGCCUUGAGGAAGGAUGAAGACAAUUUUUCAUCUUUAUCAUCCAUCGGUGUUUGACGUUUGUGUGCGUGUGUGUUGUUUGUAGUCAGGAGAUGGAACUCGAUGUCAAGUACUGCAUUUAUGUUGCACUAAAACUUCUCCCUGUUUACAGUUCAUUUCAUAGCUUGUAUGUAAAACAUAGGGACUAAACCCUGUCCCUCCUGCUUUGGAGUCCUGUAUAUUUUUACUCCACUGAUGUAAUUACCACAGCUGGUGUUUCAGGGGUCACUUAAGUGCUAAUCAAAAUGCACUACCUGGAAUGUACAGGGCCAGGUCUGGAAAAGCACAGAAAAGUCUAUUCCUACAUUUAAUGUUCAUGUGGAACCUUGGAGCUCUGUGACAUGCAGUCUAAUAGUGUAGGUGUAACGUUUGGACAGCAUGUCAUUGUGUUAGGAAUGGUUUUUACAAACCUAAGCUUGUAUGUGUGGUGUCAGAUGACUGCCAUUUUUGGAGGAGCAGGCUUUGAAUCUGACAAUUUAUGAUGAUAAAGCAUAAGCAUUUAAAUCAAUGCCUUCUACAACCUUUCACCAAACAUUUUUGGAUCCAGAAUCUUAGGAAAUACACAAGUAAAAUAACAAAGCCUUGCAGAUGUUUUGUAAAAAAGUGUAAAAAAAAAAACUGCUGUCUUUGUCAGUUGUGAUUGUGAUUCCAAUAUAUAUCUAUAAAAAAAGCUUUA